AUGGAAGGCUAUAUCAGAGUUGGAGGAAAAUAUAUUCUACGCAAAAAAAUUGGUGGUGGCUCCUUUGGGGAAAUUUUUAUGGGUAGUCACAUAGAAACUCAGGAAGAAGUUGCGGUAAAAAUUGAAAAUGCGAACUGUUCAGUUCCACAAGUUAUUAAUGAAGCAAAGCUUAUGAGAUCAAUCGCAGGCGUAGGAAUACCAAAAGUUUAUUGAUAUGGUACUGAAGGGUCUUAUAAUAUAAUGAUCCAAGAGCUUUUAGGCAAAUCUUUGGAGGACAAUUUUGCUGAAAUAGACCGAAGAAUGUCAUUGAAAUCAGCAACAAAUCUUUGCUUACAAAUGAUUCAAAGAAUUGAAACUGUAGGCUCCAUGUCAAAUGACAGUGCAUUCUUGAGAGUGUAAUUUCAUUGAAAACAUUUGGUCGAAAAUUUUUAAAUAUUGUGAGAUUUGGUCGAAGCUCAAUUUUUUUUUUCGGUCAAAUGUCUCACUAUCAAAAAGUUUCAGCCAAUUUUCGACCAAAUGCACUUCGGUAAAAUAAUCCCUAUCAAAAUGCACGAUCAUUAGAUCUACACCCAUAACAAAACUGUACAUAAUCAUGACUAUAUUCAUAGAGAUAUAAAACCUGAUAAUUUUUUAUUUGGCUUAGGUAAGAAACAAUCACUUGUAUAUAUAAUAGAUUUUGGACUAUCAAAAAAAUACAGAGACAACAAAACAAAACAGCAUAUCCAAUACAGAGACAACAGAACUCUAACAGGAACAGCUAGAUAUGCCUCCAUAAAUUCUCAUAUGGGAAUAGAACAAAGCCGAAGGGACGAUUUAGAAGGAAUUAUAUACGUUUACCUUUAUUUUUUAAAAGGCUCAUUGCCUUGGCAAGGACUUAAAGGUGCAAAUAAGCAAGACAAAUAUUUAAAAAUAAUGAACAUGAAGGCCAACACAUCUUUAGACCAUCUGUUCAGAGGCUGCCCUUCAGAGCUGAUUCCUCUUAUGAGCUACAUUAAAGGCUUAAGAUUUGAGGAGACUCCUAAUUAUGACAGAAUCAAAGAAAUGAUCCAAUCUAUCGGUGAAAGGAACGAUUUUGCAUUUGAUAAUGUUUUUGAAUGGAGAAAAAAGAAAAGCGAGUCAAGCUCUCCAAGAAGAAGUUCAGACAGUGCAAUUCAGGUAAAAAAAGGCAAAAAAAUAAAAAAAAGACAGUCAAAAGAAGAAAUCAAGACAAAUAUAAUAGAGCAGAGGAAGUCGCUGCAAUAUAAUGAAGAUAUAGCUUCAACAACUGUAGAACAUAGAUGGCCUGAAUUUGCGGAUAGAAGACAGGUAAUGGAAGGAAGAAAUAAAAUAAAAGAUGAGCCUACAUGUGAUGCCUGUAAUGAGAAAAAAGAAUGUUUGAUUUUUUAA